AUGGAAUUAUAUUUAUUUCGUCACGAUCAAUGGGAGAGCCUUUACAAUUGUUCUCAAAUAAAUGUAGAUUCUAUCCCGUUUAUUAUGCGUUAUCAUCCACUUAAUGGCUCUAUCAUAAUUUUAUUGUUUAUUUUCUUUGAGGUAUUAUACUUCCCAUGUUUAUGUUCAAUUUAUAAACAUAUGGAGCAUUCCUGCUAUAAAUUUCUUUUUUUCAUUGGAAUUGCUGAUAUGUUAAUGAUGUUUAUACAAGGAUUGGAAACUGGCGUUUUUAAUUUUACUGGAGAAAUGUUUUGUCCGAAUGAUAAAUUUAAUUAUAUUACAGCAUGUUUUGCUGGGGCACUUUUUGCUCUGGAAUCAAGUGCAAAUUUCUUCCUUGCUUUGGAUCGCUGUGCAGAUUCUCUUUCUCCUAAAAUUUCAAAAUUUUUCUUUGAUGGCAAACGUAUUUUAAUUUGGAUGUUUUUCUCAAUUAGUUUAUCAAUUUAUUAUUUAUUUUAUGCUAAUCCUGGGAUUUAUGAUGGAGUUAAUAUGAAUUGGUUUAUUAAUCCAUUUCAAAGCUACCCAACAGUUAAUGUUAAUAUAAAUAACGUAAAUUUUAUUUUUAAAUUUAAAAAAUAA